AUUAGAUUCUCGUCCUCGUAAGCUCUGUACUAUCAUAAAGAUCACCAUCGUACCAAGUCAGAUAAAGGCCGUUCUACCUCCGUUCAAAAUAUGUAAGGUGCCAAAUUGUGUCACGCCCAAAGCUUGAUCGCCCCAUGUACUUUGUUCAUAACAUCCAAUCAUUGUACAAUAAUGUCGUCUUUGAACGAUAAACUCGCCGCUGCCCUUUCAUCCCGAGAAAAACGGCACAUUCGCCGACGUCUCCCUGUCUCAGCCUCUCCAGUGCUCCCCUCUGCAGAUUUUACAUCUAACGACUAUCUCUCUCUGGCUACAUCAUCGACCCUUCGCACGGCGUUCCAACAUGCUCUUUCCACUGCCCCUAAAAUACUCGGAUCAGGUGGUUCUCGGUUACUUGUACCAACACCUGCCCAUGUCGCCCUCGAAAAUCGACUGGAAAGAUUCUUCGGCGCUGAAAAAGCACUGUUAUUCAACUCGGGGUUCGAUGCAAACGUUGCAUUCUUCUCCGCAAUUCCUCAGCCUGACGAUGUAAUUCUAUACGAUGAGCAUAUCCACGCAUCUGUGCAUGAUGGGAUGGGUGCUUCGCGAGUAGAUCCCUCCAGCCUCAUCAAAUUUUCACACAAUUCAGUCGCUGCGCUCAAGCGAUCGUUGCGAAAAUUACUCCACGAGCGAGAUGAUCUGCGAGAUGGGAGAGCAAGCGCAUUCGUUGCGGUGGAAAGCCUAUAUAGCAUGGAUGGGACAUUCGCACCCUUACACGAAAUCGUGCACUGCGUUGAAGAAUUGUUGCCAAAGAAUAAUGGAUAUGUGAUAGUGGACGAGGCGCAUGCAACAGGGAUAUAUGGCCCGCAGGGUCGAGGGAUGGUUGCUGCGCUAGGACUUGAGGGACGCGUCCUGGCGCGCUUGCAUACGUUCGGGAAGGCGCUUGCGGGAUCAGGAGCUGCGAUACUCACUACCGAACUCAUACGGGAUUACCUCUUGAAUUAUGGCCGUCCACUGAUAUACACCACGACGCUCACGUAUGCAAAUAUCAUCGGCGUCGAGUGUGCCUUUGAUAUGCUGGAGAAUGGAAGUGCAGAAGUGCUCGCGCUGCAUCUCCUAGAUCUAUCACAGUACUUCUUGGAGCUUCUAAGACCCCACCUACAGUCAGCUCCACCCGAACUACUCUGCUUGCCUGGCCAUCUACGCACGGAUGAUCAUAAGGAUUCCACAAAUAGUCCGUCCGAUCCAUCCUUUCCUCCCCCGACACCCAUCAUUCCUCUCCUCACGCCUCAUCCACAUUCCCUUGCUGCACAUCUGGCCUCCCUUCCACAACCACUGUUUACAAAAGCAAUCACAUGGCCCACAGUUCCUGUGGGAACAUCUCGAGUAAGAGUAUGUUUGCACGCAGGACACACUCGUGACGAUGUAAAGAGACUGGUAGAUGGUAUUGUCGACUGGGCACAGGCAUGGGUCGCGAGAGAAAAAGAAGUCGAAAGACAGUGGCUGAGUGUGGCCGAAGGAGAGGGUGUAGGAGUAUGGAUGGAGUCGAAGUUGUAAAAUAUUGUUUUUAGAGGCAUAACAUAAUCUUGGUCGACUUGAAAUGUAGCCAUACACACCGCGUCACAAAUUCCUAUCCUGCUCCUCCGUCUCUUCGCUUGUGAUUCCUACGUUGUUCCUACGCAAUUCCUACGCGUGCCUUCUUGAGCCAGGGCCGCGCGAACGACUGCAAGUAUAUGUACCAUGCUGACUCUUGACGCUAGCCAGGUUUCGUGCAGCAAAGGGUGGACGUUGGGAGCAAUCUGAGAAUGCAGGCUCAAAGCGCACCACCAAAAAUGAGAGAACUGAAGAGCUCCUCAGAGUCACAAGGGUCACGAUACCCCCAGACUGAUUCAGUCAUGCAAAGCCUCUAUCUCACGAGUACUUCGCGCAAGAUAAUCGUCGUAUGAGUCAUGAUGGAGUG